UGAUGUUUGGGAAACAAAAGUGACUACCAAACUUCGUCUCACUCACCACCAGCACGCACACUCACAGUCACACUCACACUCACACUCACAACACUGACGGGGUUGGAGAGAGAGAGAGAGAGAGAGAGAAUGUUGAAGUUCCUGUCGAAGGUGCGAAUAGAGUUCAACGCUCUGGACCCUCGCACCGCGGCGUGCAUGGAGUUCUUAGCCCAAUGCAACGCCCGCAAGGCCAAAGAAUCAAACCCAGCUUGUCAACUCAUGGUCAAGCGCCGCACCGACGAUCACCCUCCUCAAAUCACCGUAACUUUCGUCAAUGGAGUCGAAGAGGCAUUCGAUGCCACCACCACCCCAGCACAAACCAUCAGGACCAUGAUUCUCGACAAGGGUCAGCUUCUCGAGACCGAGCAAAUGUUCCGCGACGCCGGUGAGCAGUGGCCUGUUAUUAUCCCCGAGGAGGAGAUCCGCCAAGCAGCCCCUGGUACUAAGCCAAGGAAAGCGGAAGAGAAGAAGCAGUAACUGUAUCUAAUCUCAACAGAGCAUAUUGCGAAGGAUCAUUUUGAUAGAGCCUUAGAUCAAUUAAAUGUAAUAAAACAGUUCAUUCUACUGAGACAAUUGUUAUCAAAUAGACAUAUGAUUUAGAGGCAUUAUGUUGUCUUGUGAAGCUACAAUGUAUGUUCUGCUUCAUUUUAGAAGCAUUAUAUUUCAUUUUUGCUUGCAUUUUCUGCAUGACUUUGUGACCGUACGUAUUAUAUUGAAACUUCACUUCACCUUUGUCUGAUUA